UUCAUUAUUGACAAAAAAGGAUUUCAUUAUUUUGCUGUUUAAACCCUACUGACAAGAAGAUAAAAUGUCCAGACUGAUCGUCAAAAAUCUCCCAAAUGGGAUGAAGGAAGAGCGGUUCCGAAAAAUGUUCGCUGACUUCGGAACGCUGACUGACUGCGGACUGAAGUUCACUAAGGACGGAAAGUUUCGUAAGUUCGGCUUCGUGGGUUUCAAGUCUGAGGAGGAUGCAGAGAGAGCUCUGAAACACUUCAAUAAGAGCUUCGUGGACACGUCUAGAGUGACGGUUGAAUAUUGCAAAGCUUUUGGUGAUCUUUCUAAACCCAGACCGUGGAGUAAACACACUCGCCAACCUGCUAACGACAAAACGACAGAGCACAAGACAGAGGCAGAUGAAGCAGACAAGAAAGACCCUCAGGAAAAGAAGAAAAAGGCACUCAAAUCUGUUCUGGGAGAGCUGGAGAAAGACCAAAGCUUCCAGGAGUUCCUGGCCGUGCACCAGAACCGUACUCUAGUACCUACAUGGGCCAAUGACUCUCUGGACAAAUCAGCAGUACCCGCGGGCAAGGACAAGAGCAAGAAGCCAGAGAAGAGAGCAGUCACGGAUGACUACCUAAACUUCGACUCUGAUGAGUCAGAGGAACCGAGUGACAACGAGGAAGAGGAUGACGCUCCAGAGGAGGAAGAAGUGGAGGAAAAAGAAGAAAAAGACACAGAGCAGGAUACUAAUAAAGAGGCCCUGAGGGCGGGACUGUCAGACAUGGACUACCUCCGCUCCAAAGUGGUCAACCAAUCAGAUGCCCUGGCUGGAAGUGAGGAUGAGGAGGAGUCUGACGAUGAUGAGGAUGGAGAUGAUGAUGAGGACGAAGAGGAGGAUGAAGAUGCACCAGUGCCGCAUAAUGACAGCGCUUAUGAGAGUGGGGACAGGGACCCGACGCAGAAAAGCCACAAAAUACAGGAUAAGGUUGAGCCCGCGACAGAGUACACGGUCAAACUACGAGGGGCGCCCUACAACGUCACGGAGCAAAGAGUACGUGAGUUCAUGGCCCCUCUGAAACCAGUGGCCAUUCGAUUUGGCAAGACGGCGAACGGCCUGAGAUCCGGUUACGUGUAUGUGGACCUGAACUCUGAAGAGGAAAUAAAGAAAGCACUGAAGAUGAACAAAGACUACAUGGGAGAGCGCUACAUUGAAGUGUUUCAGGUGAAUAAUUUCACGGACCGGGACAGGUCAGGGAUGAAGAACAGGAACGAGGGGAGAAACUUCGUGCGGGAGCUGAGAGAGGACGAGGAAGAGGAGGAUGUGGCGGAAUCGGGAAGACUCUUCGUCAGAAACCUGCCGUACACCUGCACUGAGGAAGAGCUUAACGAGCUGUUCUCUAAACACGGUUCUGUAUCUGACGUGAACUUUCCUAUAGACAGUUUGACUAAGAAACCCAAAGGUUUUGCCUUUGUGACGUACAUGAUUCCAGAGAACGCCGUACAGGCUCUGGCCCGACUGGACGGCCACAUCUUCCAGGGUCGUAUGCUCCACAUCCUGCCCUCCAGGCUGAGGAAGGAGAAAGCGGAGCAGGGAGGCGGUGCUCCAGGCAGCUCCUCGUUUAAGAGACAAAAAGACGCCAAGGAGAAGGCGAGCAGCGGCAGCUCCCAUAACUGGAACACGCUGUUUCUCGGGACGAGUGCGGUCGCUGACGCCAUCGCGGAGAAAUACAACACUACAAAGAGUCAAGUCCUAGACCAUGAGUCGACAGGCAGUUUAGCCGUGCGGAUGGCCCUCGGUGAAACUCAGAUCGUCCAGGAGACCAGACAGUUUCUGCUGGACAACGGGGUUUCUCUGGACUCCUUCAGCCAGGCCAUGGGUCCGCGCAGUACCUCAGUAAUCCUGGUAAAGAACCUUCCGGCCGGGGUCCAGGCAUCAGAGCUGGAGGCGGUCUUCUCUCCUUUCGGCUCACUGGGACGUGUGCUGCUGCCCCCUGCUGGUCUCACGGCCAUAGUGGAGUUCCUGGAGCCCACAGAGGCCAAACGGGCUUUCCUCAGAUUGGCCUAUACCAAGUUUCAGCAUGUUCCUCUGUAUUUGGAGUGGGCUCCAGUCGGUGUCUUUACAACUCCUGCCCCGAGCAAGACUAAGAAGCACACAGCAGGUAGUCCAGUAAUUUCUUAUCCCAUCAUCCCUCAUUCCGCAGAGGCCAAUUCUGUGAGUCAGGAUGGAGCACCUGCCCAGAAGGACACAGAUAAAACAGCAGGACAGGAUCAAGAGGAGGAAGAUGACGAGGAAGAGGAGGAGGAUGAUGAUGAGAGCUUGCCGGGGGCUACGCUCUUCAUCAAGAACCUCAACUUCAGCACCACAGAGGAGACCCUCCGACAGACUUUCUCUAAAUGUGGAGAGGUAAAGAGCUGUACCAUCUCUAAGAAAAGAGACAAGUCAGGUAAGAUGCUGUCCAUGGGUUACGGCUUUGUGGAGUACAAGAAACCAGAAUCGGCUCAGAAAGCUAUCAGACAACUUCAGCAUUGUAAAGUAGACGAUCAUCAGCUGGAAUUGAAGAUUUCGGAAAGAGCCACCAAAUCAAACGUCGUCACUUCUCGGAAAAAGCAGAAAGCCAGGAAACAGACGACCUCUAAGAUCCUGGUGCGAAACAUUCCCUUCCAGGCUACGGUGAAGGAGCUCCGAGAACUGUUUUGCACAUUCGGCGAGCUGAAAACCGUGCGUUUGCCUAAAAAGGCCGCGGGCACUGGGUCUCACAGAGGUUUCGGCUUUGUCGACUUCCUUACUAAACAGGAUGCCAAGAAAGCGUUUGCGGCCUUGUGUCACAGCACUCAUCUGUACGGAAGGAGGUUGGUUCUGGAGUGGGCAGAUGCUGAGGAGAACGUGGACUCUCUGCGCAGAAAGACAGCGCAGCAUUUCCACGAUGCUCCAAAGAAGCGUAAGCAGUCGGAGGUGUUGGAGAGCAUUCUAGAACAGAUGGAGGUUGGGGAGGAAGAACAGGACUGACCAACGUAUUCAUUACCGCCCCCAAAACAGAACAACAGUAUGAAGACCAAUCCCAGCUGAGGGUAACUGAAGGAGAGGUUUCUGAUUGGGUUGGCUGGCUGUCACUCAAAACGCCUACUGACUGUUCAGCACCAGGAAGGGGAUGCUC